UCACGACGUCAUGGGGCGCGGCGAUGGGCCGGUGGUUGAGGGCGGAAGUCGGGAUGGUUGAGGGCCCACCAGCUGGGACUCGAGGUCCGCCUCGGCAACGAUAAGGGCGGGAGGGCUCAGGCUGGCGCGGUUGGACUUGGCCAUGGCGGUGCCAGUAGGAGCGGGGGUGGCCUUGGGCGCGCUGCUGGUUCUCGCCGCAUUUGCUGGCCAGGCGGCCGGGGCAGCCGAGCCAGCCGAGGCGGCCAAGAAUUCUGAGGAUGUCCGAUGUACAUGUAUCUGCCCUCCUUACAAAGACCACGCUGGCAACAUUUUCAAUAAAAAUAUUUCACAGAAAGACUGUGAUUGUCUUCAUGUUGUGGAGCCUAUGCCAGUUCCUGGGCCAGAUGUUGAGGCCUAUUGCUUACGCUGUGAAUGCAAAUAUGAAGAAAGAAGCUCCGUCACAAUUAAAGUUACCAUCAUAAUAUAUCUGUCCAUCCUGGGUCUCCUCUUAUUGUAUAUGGUAUAUCUCACAUUAGUAGAACCUAUUCUGAAGAGACGCCUAUUCGGACAUUCUCAGCUAAUACAAAGUGAUGAAGACAUUGGGGAUCACCAACCUUUUGCAAAUGCUCAUGAUGUGCUGGCUCGUUCCCGAAGUCGUGCCAAUGUGCUGAACAAAGUGGAGUAUGCUCAGCAACGUUGGAAACUCCAAGUCCAAGAACAGCGCAAAUCUGUGUUUGACCGUCAUGUUGUGCUCAGUUAACUGAGGAGCAUAAUUAAGUUUCUCCAAUUGAUGUUGGAAGAAAAGAAAAUGGACUACAAUAAAGCACUGAUUUGUCUUCCUGAUAUGCCAUUUCAGAGUAUUUUUUGCUCAGUGGUAGCAAAGAAUAGUUGCAGACAUGGCAGACACAGCCAAUGGAAGAUAGUUAAAAACUUAACAAGCCAAAAUCUAACUCUGUACGUUAUUCAACAGCUCUUACCAAUAAAAUAUAAGUAAUUAUUUGUGUGAUAAUUAUGAUGUUAAAGUGAAUUGCAGUACAUAAGGGCAACAUUAGCUAAUGUAUGUGAAGAAACUACAACACAAAUGUGCAGCAACAUUUAUGUUACAAAUGACUUUACAUACUAUUGAACUUUUGUAAAUGUAUUUUCCUACUGUCUCUGUUGAAAACUUGCAUCUAUAGCUGUUGCAUUCAAAUUGGCUGAUUGUAUAAAUUGUGUCGCUUUCAUUGUCAGCUGACCUGCAAAUAUAAAGUGAAACAUAAAUGGACAGAGGGUGAGCUAGAGGCUUAAAGCAAGAAAUGAAAAUAUAAUGCAGUGCACACUUAGUAAGUGUUGGUCUCCUCUUUCGCUUGCUAAAUAUUUGCUCUAGUAUCUACAAAUCUUUUAUGUUUAUAUUUUCAGCUUUGGUGGGUAACUUAAAAUUUGGCUUGAUAAUGGAAUGUAAAUAAUUUUUUCAAAAUCUUCUCUUGCUAUGAAAGUUGGCUGCAUUUCUAAAAUAUUGGUAGUGAUUUCAAAGGUAUGCAAUUGCUGGAUAACUCUUUUAUACCUAUUCUGGAAUAUAAUAGUUACAUACUUUGUUCCUAUAAAUUUAAGGGUUUUUCAACACUUAUUAGUGUGUCGUGCAUUUGAACCAUUUGGCUAGUACAUUUGGUGUCCAGGCAUUAAAAGCUGUAAAAUGAGGAAUGUCUGGUUUACAGGCCUUGUCACAUUUGCAUUUCUAAGAUGUGAUCUUAACCAUAUCAAAUCCCAUUGAAAUUAGGGGGAGUGUUUAGUAAACGGUGCUUAUUUUACAGGACAGUCCUCAAUACAACUUUAUACAUAAACAGGACUGAAAAUCUGUCACCUGGUGUUGCUGUUUCCAUUGAUCCAAAAGCAGCUUAUGCUGCAGUGGCUUCAUUCCUUUCAGUAUAAUUUGUUACAAAAGCCAUAUUUGGUGAAUACUGUUUUUAAGGGUAGGUUAAUGUGCAGUGUGGUGCCCCCCAACAUUCUUUAAGUGUGCAAGGGACAACAUUUAUUACAACUUUAUGUAAAUAUAUGAAAUGAUCCUUUUAUUGCUUCUCUGACUUCUAUUAGAACACCGUCUUCAAUCAUUUACCCAAUUUUGCCUUGAUUACUUUUAUUAAUAAAUGGAAGCUUUUAAUGUCAAGCUGGAAAAGAAUUGUAAGUGAAGAAAUGGGUUGCUUCUCAGAUAUGAAUGUUUUCUUGAACAAUAUUAAAAAUUCUCUAUUGUCUCAA